AACCCCUGGAAACUAACAUGCAAGUCCAGAAUAGAACAAAUAACGAGUUAGACAAACUGUAUUAAAAUAAUAGUCAUACAUUUUUGCGUUGUUAUUGCAUGCGCUUUUAAGUGUUGUAUACUGAAUCAUCCGAGCUUUCAAAUCAUUUAUACAGUUCUCUCGUGACUGGAAUACACCUUUAUUGCGGUAGAAGUGAACACUUUUAUCACAGAUAUCUGGACUCGUCUUUACAUUGGGAAAUAAAACGCUCAUCGGACACUUUCGUGCGUUUUGGGAAAGUGCGUUGAACUUGCUGUGAGUUCACGCUACACUUCGCAAGCAUGAAAUCCGCAGAGGAAGAUGCAUACGGUUACAGCCAAAACACCAGCAUCUCAUUACCUCUGAGCAACCCCUGCCCACCCUCCCAGUACCACAAUCUCCAGUCCAGCCCUUCCUUGUCGAUAUCCAUCAGUCAGCCGUCCUCGUUCUCCCCUCAAGAUGACAUGAGCUCAGUGGGUUACUUCCAAACAUCCGGCACCCGGUCCAACGGGGCUCCCACGCUGGAGAGUCCACGCAUUGAGAUAACAGCUUACGGGCAGUUCCCCGAGGAUGAAGUGGAGGAGAACAGCGUUCCCGUGGCCAAGCGAGUCAAUUCCAUAGUGACAUUAACUUUGCCAAGCAUUGACAGUUAUCGUGACCCCACCUGCCUAAGCCCGGCAAGCAGCGUGUCUUCCCGUAGCUGCCAUUCAGAUGCGUCAUCGUACGAAUCAGGCUUUUCGUACAACUAUGACAACUCGCCACAGAACUCGCCCUGGCAGUCUCCCUGUGUCUCCCCGAAAGGUUCCUCAUCUCUGCAGUCCUGCACCCUCGGCGCUUCUCCACGUCAUUCUCCGUCCGGUUCUCCCCGUACCAGUAUCACCGACGACAGCUGGGUGGGCACCCGAGGCUCACGACCGAAUUCUCCUUGUGGCGGUAAACGGAAGUACAGCUUCAACGGUGGCCCAUCACACAAGUACCAUCCGUACUCACCGAAUCAAUCCCCGGGGCUGUCGCCACAAACUUCGCCCCGUCUUAGCGUGACGGAGGACACCUGGCUGCCCAACACCAACCAGUACACCAACUCCGCCAUUGUCGCCGCCAUUAAUGCCCUCACCACAGAUGGAUUAACAGAUCUUGGGGAGGGGAUCCCUUUGAAGUCCCGCAAGACCAGUCUGGAGCACAGCGCCUCGAUGAACCUGAAAGUAGAACCAGGUGGAGAGGAGACAGGAUCCCUGGAGCUUUGCCAGGAGGACUUCUCCUCAGCACGCCUGCCCUUCAAAAAAGAGACCUACUGCAGUGGCUUCUUGGAUGUGCCCCAACACCCAUAUUGGUCCAAGCCGAAGCCUUACAUCAGUCCAUCGCUGCCUGCUCUCGAUUGGCAGUUGCCUUCCAGUUCAGGGCCGUACCGCCUACAGAUUGAUGUCCAACCCAAGUCCCAUCACCGUGCUCACUACGAGACUGAAGGCAGCAGAGGGGCUGUAAAAGCAUUAGCGGGAGGGCAUCCAGUGGUCCAGCUUCACGGCUACAUGGAGAGUGAGCCUCUGACCCUACAGCUGUUCAUUGGGACAGCAGACGACCGUCUUCUCCGGCCUCACGCCUUCUACCAGGUCCACCGUAUAACCGGGAAGACCGUGUCCACACCAAGCCACGAGGCCAUACAGUCCAACACCAAAGUUCUUGAGAUUCCUCUGCUGCCCGAGAGCAACAUGAGGGCCAUAAUCGACUGCGCUGGAAUUCUCAAGCUGCGUAACUCAGACAUCGAGCUCCGGAAGGGCGAGACAGACAUCGGACGGAAGAACACACGUGUGAGGAUGGUGUUCCGUGUCCACAUCAACCAACCUAAUGGCAGGAUGGUGUCCUUACAGGUGGCAUCUAACCCCAUUGAGUGCUCCCAGCGCUCAGCACAGGAGCUGCCCCUCGUGGAUAAACAGAACAUGGAAAGCUGUGCCGCCUCAGGGGGGGAACAGAUGCUUCUCAGCGGACACAACUUCCAGCAUGACUCCAAGGUGGUGUUUGUGGAGCGAGCACAAGAUGGCCACCACAUAUGGGAAAUGGAGGCCAAAGUCAACAGAGAAUCAUCCAAAUCUGUGGCUUUGCUUGUGGAUGUCCCACCAUACCGGAACCAAAGAAUAUCCAACCCAGUUCAAGUGAAUUUCUAUGUGUGCAAUAGCAAACGGAAGAGAAGCCAGUACCAGCGUUUCACAUACCUGCCCUCAAACGUUCCAACCAUAAAAACAGAGCCGCACGACGACUACGACCUCCCCCAGGUAUGUGUGCCGCUCCAUCCCGCUGGGUUGGCGCUGCAUCCGAAGCCCUACUACAGCCCCCCGGCGAUGACCCCCAUGAUGCCCUCAGAACUAAGGCCUUGUGUCACGGGCUCCUUCACAUCCAGCCCUCAGAGACUGGUGGCAAAACCCACCUCCCUGUCCUGCUCGUCCUCCCCCAGCACCAGUCCCAAACUACAGGAUCUUUCCCCGCCUCACCUCUCCUCUAAGUGCCUAUCAGCGGGAUCGAACCUUGGCCCCCAGUCCCCAACAGUCCCACACGUCUCCACCAUCCAGCCCACACCCGGACGCUACCCGCAGUCCAUCCUCUACCCAACAGGAAGCGCCGCAUCCUCUCCAGGGUCCCAUCCUUCCACCCCAAACUCCGCACCAGAACUCCCCUUCACUCCCAGCCACAGUCUGACCCAAUCACAAGCCACCAGCGAGGCCUCUGCGUUAGCAGCUCAGAUAACCAAAGGGCCGGUGAGGAGCGGGUCCUCCCCCCUCCUACAGGAGGAGGGAGACGCCUCCACCAUGCUGGCUGUCAGCAUCAAGCAGGAACCACAGGAACUGGAUCAAAUGUACCUAGAUGAUGGUAAGUGA